UGUGUGAGACAAGCCUGGCCAAAGAUGACUCCUCUGGUGAUGUGGCUUCUAUGUUACCCCUUAUCUGUUGCCACUCCUGUUAACUCGAGCCCUGAUCCAGCCUCUUCCCUGCUGGGCAACUUUGAGCCCAAUUUCCAGGCUGAUGGAGACUUCAUCAUUGGAGGACUUUUCCCCAUGCAUUACAGUGUUGAGCCACCAGACCAGAACUUCACUUACAAACCAGCUGCUCCACAAUGUCAGGGAUUUGAUCCCAGAUCAUUCCGCUGGGCCCAAACAAUGAGGCUGGCUGUUGAGGAGAUCAAUCAGAGUCAGAACCUGUUGCCUAAUUUCACUCUGGGAUACAAGAUCUUUGACUCCUGUGCUGCAGAUGGACAAAGGGCAGCUCUGGCAGUUCUGAAUGGACCUGGUUUAGCCCAGAGUGCCGUUUGUUCUGGCACUGCUCCUGUUUUGGCUGUUGUUGGAGAUUCUGGGACUCUUGUCUCCAGAACUUUACAGCCCUUCAGAAUUCCAAUGAUAAGUUAUUGUUCAACGUGUUCCUGUCUUAGCAACAGGAACGAAUUCCCAACAUUUUUUAGAGUAAUUCCUAACGACGACUACCAGGUAAAAGCCAUUGCAAGCCUCCUGCUCCGAUUUGGUUGGACUUGGGUUGGUGUUGUCACUGAUGAUGAUGAUUAUGGGAGAUUUGCUUUACAGGGCCUUUUGAAGGAAUUCAAAAACACUAGUGUGUGUUUGGCCUACCAGACAAUGAUUCCCAAAGUGUACAGUCAUGAAGGAAUCCUUGAAAUCCUUGAUGUGAUGAAGCACUCCACUGCAAGAGUCGUUAUCAGCUUUGCUGCUGAAGGGGGGCUCUACCCCUUAUUUAAAGAGUACAUGGAUCAGAACAUCACUGGCAUCCAGUGGAUUGCCAGUGAAGCCUGGGCAACAGCAUCGGUAUUCGCAGGCAGUGAAUUCUACCCAUUUCUGGGUGGCACCAUUGGUUUCGCCGUCAGGCAGGGGCAGAUUCCUGGUUUUAGAGACUACCUGAUAAAUGUAAACCCAUUGAAGUACCCUAGUAACCCCCUGGUACACGAGCUUUGGGGUGCCUUGUACGGUUGCUCCCUCUACCCCUCCAGUAGCAGGACCCAGGCCUCUUCCCCGCUGUCCCCCUGUUCAGGACUGGAGCCCCUGCAGGAGCAGCACUCUGCCUACCUGAACACCUCCAGCCCUCGUUUUUCCUACAAUGUGUACAAAGCCGUGUACGCCAUCGCUCACUCCCUGCACAAUCUCAUCAGCUGUAAGCCUGGGAAAGGGCCCUUCCACAACUCCUCAUGUGCUGAUGCCACAAACAUUCAACCAUGGCACGUUCAGCAGUAUCUUCAAGAUGUUGUCUUCACUAUUUCUGGAGAAGAUGUUGAUUUUGAUGCAAAUGGAGAUUCAAUUCCUUCAUAUGAUCUGAUCAAUUGGCAAAGAGGAGCAGCUGGAAAUAUUGAGUUUGUCAAUGUGGGUCUCUAUGACGGUGCAAAGGAUAUUGGGAAGGAGUUGUUUAUCCAGGAGGAGGUGAUCAUGUGGACUGGCCAUCAAACUGAGGCAAGCCAUAAACAGUGCAUAGUGUUUGUGUCUGUGUGCAGUGAGAGCUGUGCUCCAGGAAGCAGGAAGGCUGUCCGUCGUGGGGAGCCUCUGUGCUGCUUUGAUUGUGUACCAUGUGACGACGGCAAGAUUAGCAAGGAGAGGGAUUCAAUAGAUUGCGCAUCUUGUCCUGAAGAUUACUGGUCCAAUGCAGCCAGAACUGAAUGCAUACCCAAAGCGAUUGAGUACCUCUCCCAUGAUGCAAUGGGACUGACCCUGACUGUGGUAGCCGUAGUCGGAGCCUGCCUCACCAUCGCUGUUCUGGCAGUAUUCCUCUACCACAGGAACACUCCGAUUGUCAAAGUCAACAACUCAGAGGUGAGCUUCUUCAUCCUGCUCUCUCUGACUCUGUGUUUCCUGUGUGCACUGGUGUUCAUUGGAGAGCCUACAUCAUGGUCCUGCAUGCUGCGCCAUACUGCCUUCAGCAUCACUUUCUCACUCUGCAUCUCCUGUAUCCUGGGGAAGACUCUGGUGGUGCUGGCUGCCUUUACAGCCACCAGGCCUGGAAACAACCUCAUGAAAUGGCUGAGACCCAAACAGCAGAGAUUCAUCAUCACUGCCUGCACCUUUAUACAAGUGAUAAUCUGUGCAGUAUGGCUAAUCACUGCUCCCCCUUUCCCAAAUAAAAACAGUCAGUACCACCGGUCCAGAAUAAUCCUGGAGUGCAGAGUGGGUUCUGAACAGGCCUUCUGGUGUGUUCUGGGAUACAUUGGUCUCCUGGCUGCUCUGUGUUUUAUUCUGGCCUUUCUGGCCAGGAAACUGCCAGGCAAUUUUAAUGAAGCCAAAUACAUCACCUUCAGCAUGCUGAUCUUCUGUGCAGUGUGGCUUGCCUUUGUACCAGCUUAUGUCAGCUCACCUGGAAAGUUCACUGUAGCUGUGGAGAUAUUUGCAAUUCUAGCAUCUAGUUUUGGCCUACUGCUUUGCUUAUUUGCUCCAAAAUGCUACAUUAUUUUACUGAAGCCACAGAAAAAUACCAAACAACAUCUGAUGGGGAAAGUUGUUACCAAAUCACUGCAGUGUGUGAGACUAGCCUGGCCAAGGAUGACUCCUCUGGUGAUGUGGCUUUUAUGUUACCCCUUAUCUGUUGCCACUCCUGUUACCUCAAGCCCUGACCCAGCCUGUUCCCUGCUGGGCAACUUUGAGCCCGAUUUCCACGCUGAUGGAGACUUCAUCAUUGGAGGAAUUUUCCCCAUGCAUUACAGAGUUGAGCCACCAGACCAGAACUUCACUUACAAACCAGCUGAUCCACAAUGUCAGGGAUUAGACCCCAGAUCUUUCCGCUGGGCACAGACCAUGAGGCUGGCUGUUGAGGAGAUCAACCAGAGUCAGAACAUUCUGCCUAACUUCACUCUGGGAUACAAGAUCUUUGACUCCUGUGCUACACAAGCAUCAAGACAAAGGGCAGCUCUGGCAGUUCUGAAUGGACCUGGUGUAGCCCAGAGUGCUGUGUGUUCUGGCACUGCUCCUGUUUUGGCUGUUGUUGGAAAUGCUGGAACUCUUGUCUCCAGAACUUUGCAGCCCUUCAAAAUUCCAAUGAUAAGUUAUUCUUCAACGUGUUCCUGUCUUAGCAACAGGAAAGAAUUCCCAACAUUUUUUAGAGUAAUUCCUAAUGACGACUACCAGGUAAAAGCCAUUGCAAGCCUCCUGCUCCGAUUUGGUUGGACUUGGGUUGGUGUUGUCACAGAAGAUGGUGAUUAUGGGAGAUUUGCCUUACAGGGCCUGUUGAAGGAAGUAAAAAACAGUGGUGUGUGUGUGGCCUACCAGAAAAUGAUUCCCAAAGUGUACAGUCGUGAAGGAAUCCUUGAAAUCCUUGAUGUGAUUAAGCACUCCACUGCAAAAGUCGUUAUCAGCUUUGCCGCUGAAGGGGAGCUCUACCCUUUAUUUAAAGAGUACAUGGAUCAGAACAUCACUGGCAUCCAGUGGAUUGCCAGUGAAGGCUGGGCAACAGCAUCAGUAUUUGCAGGCAGUGAGUUCUACCCAUUUCUAGGUGGCACCAUUGGUUUCACCGUCAGGCAGGGGCAGAUCCCUGGUUUUAGAGACUACCUGAUGAACGUAAACCCAUUGAAGUACCCCAGUAACCCCCUGGUGCACGAGCUGUGGGGUGCCUUGUACGGUUGCUCCCUCUACCCCUCCAGCAGCAGGACCGAGGCCUCCUCCCAGCUGCCCCCCUGUUCAGGGCUGGAGCCCCUGCGAGCGCACUCUGCCUACCUGAACACCUCCAGCCCUCGUUUUUCCUACAAUGUGUACAAAGCCGUGUACGCCAUCGCUCACUCCCUGCACAACCUCAUCAGCUGUAAGCCUGGGAAAGGGCCCUUCCACAACUCCUCAUGUGCUGAUGCCACAAACAUUCAACCAUGGCACGUUCAGCAGUAUCUCCAAGAUGUUGUGUUCGCUAUUUCUGGAGAAGAUGUGGAUUUUGAUGCAAAUGGAGAUUCAAUCCCUUCAUAUGAUCUGAUCAAUUGGCAAAGAGGAGCAGCUGGAAAUAUUGAGUUUGUCAAUGUUGGUCUGUAUGAUGGUGCCAAGGACAUUGGGAGGGAGCUAUUUAUCCACGAGGAGGUGAUCAUGUGGACUGGCCAUAAAACUGAGGCAAGCAGUAAACAGUGCAUAGUGUUGGUGUCUGUGUGCAGUGAGAGCUGUGCUCCAGGAAGCAGGAAGGCUGUCCGUCGUGGGGAGCCUCUGUGCUGCUUUGAUUGUGUACCAUGUGACGACGGCAAGAUUAGCAUUGAGAGGGAUUCAGUAGAUUGCACAUCUUGUCCUGAAGAUUACUGGUCCAAUGCAGCCAGAAUUGAAUGCAUACCCAAAGCGAUUGAGUACCUCUCCCAUGAUGCAAUGGGACUGACCCUGACUGUGGUAGCCGUAGUCGGAGCCUGCCUCACCAUCGCUGUUCUGGCAGUAUUCCUCUACCACAGGAACACUCCGAUUGUCAAAGUCAACAACUCAGAGGUGAGCUUCUUCAUCCUGCUCUCUCUGACUCUGUGUUUCCUGUGUGCACUGGUGUUCAUUGGAGAGCCUACAUCAUGGUCCUGCAUGCUGCGCCAUACUGCCUUCAGCAUCACUUUCUCACUCUGCAUCUCCUGUAUCCUGGGGAAGACUCUGGUGGUGCUGGCUGCCUUUACAGCCACCAGGCCUGGAAACAACCUCAUGAAAUGGCUGGGACCCAAACAGCAGAGAUUCAUCAUCUCUGCCUGCACCUUUAUACAAGUGAUAAUCUGUGCAGUGUGGUUGAUCACUGCUCCUCCUUUCCCAAAUAAAAACAAUCAGUACCACCGGGCCAGAAUAAUCCUGGAGUGUAGCGUGGGUUCGGAACAGGCCUUCUGGUUUGUUCUGGGAUACGUUGGUCUCCUGGCUGCUCUGUGUUUUAUUCUGGCUUUUCUGGCCAGAAAACUGCCAGGCAAUUUUAAUGAGGCCAAAUACAUCACCUUCAGCAUGCUGAUCUUCUGUGCAGUGUGGCUCGCCUUUGUACCAGCUUAUGUCAGCUCACCUGGAAAGUUCACCGUUGCUGUGGAGAUAUUUGCAAUUCUAGCAUCUAGUUUUGGCUUACUGCUUUGCUUAUUUGCUCCAAAAUGCUACAUCAUUUUAUUGAAGCCACAGAAAAACACAAAACACCAUCUGAUGGGAAAAGUUGUUACCAAAUAAAACAAUGAUGUUUUCUGUAAUAAAUCGAGCUGUAUUCCAUACUUGG